UGGGGCAAUGCAGAUCAAGCUUCUCUCCUUUCAUUUGAGACAACAACGAAAGGCAACCACGAGGACGGACAACAGCUCAGCCGGAGGAGGUGGAGGUGGAGGAGGGAGUAGAGGAAGCGGGGGUAAAGGAGGAGCUGAAGGAGGAGGUGUGCAAUUUGAGCAGCAAAAGGGAUGGCAAACGGAAACGCAAGCAGCGAUGGGCCUGGGAACCCCUUGGCGGCCGUGGUGUCCACGACAGGUGGCGUGAUGGGUGGAGCACCUUCCUCGGCCGUAUCUACCUAUGUGAAACUUGUCCUUCUGGGCUUGAUUAUCUGCAUCAGCCUGGUGGGUAACUUAGUGGUAUCCCUGUUAGUGUUACGGGACAGAGCCCUACACAAGGCACCCUACUACUUUCUUCUGGACCUCUGCCUCGCCGACACCAUACGCUCGGCAGUCUGCUUUCCCUUUGUCCUGGUGUCUAUUAAGAACGGCUCAGCCUGGACUUACAGCGUGCUCAGCUGCAAGGUGGUGGCCUUCAUGGCCGUCCUUUUUUGCUUCCAUGCUGCCUUCAUGCUGUUCUGCAUUAGCGUCACACGCUACAUGGCCAUCGCCCACCACCGCUUUUACUCCAAGCGAAUGACCUUCUGGACCUGCAUUGCGGUGGUGUGCAUGGUCUGGACGCUGUCAGUCGCCAUGGCCUUCCCACCUGUCUUUGACGUUGGCACCUACAAGUUCAUCCGCGAGGAGGACCAGUGCAUCUUUGAGCAUCGCUACUUCAAGGCCAAUGACACGCUAGGCUUCAUGCUGAUGCUGGCUGUGCUAAUCCUGGCUACUCACGUGGUCUACAUGAAGCUCCUGCUGUUCGAAUAUAAGCACCGAAAGAUGAAGCCAGUCCAGAUGGUUCCAGCCAUCAGCCAAAACUGGACCUUUCACGGACCUGGAGCCACAGGCCAGGCAGCCGCAAACUGGAUAGCAGGGUUCGGCCGUGGCCCAAUGCCCCCCACUUUAUUGGGCAUCAGGCAGAACUUGCACAACCAGAACAGACGCCUGCUAGGCAUGGAGGAGUUUAAGGCCGAGAAGCAGCUUGGUAGGAUGUUCUAUGUCAUCACCUUGUUUUUUCUGGUGCUCUGGUCCCCGUACAUUGUGGCCUGUUACUGGCGGGUCUUUGUGAAGGCGUGCACCAUCCCGCACCGGUAUCUUUCCACCACCGUGUGGAUGAGUUUUGCCCAAGCUGGCGUGAACCCCAUCAUCUGCUUUUUCCUCAACAAGGACCUGAAGAAGGGCCUGCUGACCCACCUGCCUCCCUGCUGUAGAACUCCACCUCAACUGCCCCGUGAGCCUUACUGUGUCAUGUGAAGAUGAGUGUUCAUUCAUAAUGUUUUUUUUUUCUCUCUCUCUCUUCUGGAUGGUCUGAGAGUGGACAGCCCGGGGGGAGGGAAUAAAAAGUCUUUAAAGAUGGAGACACGAACGAACUUUAUGAGCUGUUGUGGCCUUUGAUUCAGUUUAAGAUGCUUUAAAAGGGUGGAUGUCACGGAAUAAGAAUCUCCUGUCACCUAAAUGAUUUUAAGGGAGAAAUGGGCUCUACGCUAAUGUGUGGUUUGGUAAAUCAACUCUAAACAGGUUUGGAGAACCGUAUAUUUUGCGCUAGGGUGGUACAAUUCAACCAAACUGGUGGUCUAUUUUAUGGUGAAUAUAUGAAGGCUAUUUCAAAUGGCUUCUCAUGGUCGAUCUCAGCAAACAUUACCAUUUGGUUUGGCUCAGUAUCUGUAUCCCUUUACCAGGAUCCUUAGGGCCUUGAAUUCAAAGAUUUACAAAAAUAUUGUUCAUGCCUUGUGAACAGCUGCACUCCUGGUAGAGUAAUUUAUAUUAUUUGAACUACCGAUUCAAAAAUACUCUUAUGUGCAUGUGUAUUACCUUAUCUUUAAGGGGAAACAAACUUGAGAUUAAGCUAUUUUUAAGAAUGAGUGCCAAACUUAAGCCUCAAGGAAUGAAUGAGGCUGACAAA